GCUCUGCAGCAGCCCCAGCGCCAAAACAUGAAUCAUUCCAAGUUGUUAAUUCGACGAGCACUGACACUGGUUCACUGACUAAGCUCAAAUCCCUCAAUUCAUAGUUAUUCUCAAUUGCACCGCGAAGCAGCGCAGACGAAUGAGUGAGUGAAGGUCCCGGUUCAAAUUCAAAAGACAGCGAUCAGGAUGUUGAGUGCAUUUUUUGGACUUGUAGUGCUGAUGCAGGUCGGCCGAAGGGCGGAAGGGUUCCUGCUGGUGGAGUACCUGAUCGGAGGCUGGAAGACCAACGUCGGACAGUAUCCUCACAUGGCGGCCUUGGGUCGGUCCAGGGCAAACGAAUCCGUCGAGUGGUUCUGCGGAGGGACGCUUAUUGGGUCGGAAUUCGUCCUGACGGCUGCCCACUGUGCAAAUUCUCGAAUGCACGAACCACCGACGGUCGUCCGGCUAGGCGAGUACGAUCUGAGCAUCGAUUACGACAGUGACCAUGAGGAUGUGGAAAUUUCCGAAAUAGUGCAUCACCCGGCCUAUAACGGUGUUCAAGCGUACAAUGACAUCGCGCUGAUCCGGCUCAACCGAACAGUCUCCUUCGGGCGAUUCAUCAAGCCGGCCUGCCUGUGGAAGCACCAAACGCUACCGCCCGGGAAGCUAACCGCCAUCGGAUGGGGCCAGUUAGGACACAACGGCGAACAACCCUCGGAGCUGCACCAGGUGGAUAUUCCCACCAUCCCGCACAGCGACUGCAACCGGAUGAUGGCAUUUCCGCGCACCCGGCGGCUCAAGUACGGGGUCCUUCCGUCGCAGCUGUGCGCCGGCGAAAUGACGGGCGGCAAGGACACCUGCGAGGGCGAUUCCGGCGGUCCGCUGCAUGUGCCCUCGGAGGAUCCCAGCGGGUGCACCUUCGACGUGGUGGGCAUCACCUCGAUCGGAGGAAUCUGCGGCACGGCUCGGAAGCCCGGUCUCUACACCCGGGUGUCGUACUACCGCGAGUGGAUCGAAUCUGUUAUGGGGAGAGAACAAUAAAGACUGCCAAACUUUUUUUUUUUUAUAUAUGCACUGCUAUUUAUUUCUUGAACUGGAUGUGUUUUCUUUCGUGGGUC